UUAUGACGUAAAUGGUUAUUCAUCUGUGGAUUUUCUCACAGAAAUUUCCUCCUCAGAAACCCAGACAUGAACCUUGACAAACCAGACGAGGAACUCCAACAGGAUAUCUGACCUGCAACAUGGAUCGCUGGUUCUGGCUCGUCUUCACUUUGGCUGUUCCUUUGGCCUCGUCAACAUCUGGAGGUCAAUCUACCACCUCAACAACACUUGACCCUACAACCCUUCUAUAUACUGGGGAUUCAUUAAUGGCCUUAACUGGUGGCCAGACCAGAACUCCCAGAGCUUCAGCCUCUACUGAAGCAUCAAAAGUUACCAGAGCUUCAGAGGGUCCAGCUGUUGUCUCAGGUCAACCAGCUUCUACCAGUGAUCCAUCUACCGUCACUGCACUACCACCUGAAGUUCCAACUACACCUCCAGCAACUACAGCAACUUCAGAGGAUCCAACUCUUACUGUGACUGGAGACCAUCCAUUUUCCACCACUUUAAUCUCAGAUGUAUCUUCUGUUACCACCUCUACUACUGGUGCCACCAUCUACACUAUUGCUACUUCCAAUACUAUCACUGAUGGUGAAAAUACUACAACAAUUGUUCAAACAACUGCCAGUACUUUGUCACAUUCUACCACUAAUGCAAGGACUACAGUGGAUGAUUUACAGCCUACAUCUCCAUCUCUUGCAAUCUGUUUUUGGUUUACAAAUUCAAGUGGAACAACAGCUCCUCCUACAACUACAGCUCCUCCUACAACAGCUCCCCCUACAACAGCUCCUACGACUACAGAACCUCCUACUACAGCUCCUCCUACAACAGCUCCCCCUACAACAGCUCCUACGACUACAGAACCUCCUACUACAGCUCCUCCUACAACAGCUCCUCCUACAACAGCUCCUACGACUACAGAACCUCCUACUACAGCUCCUCCUACAACAGCUCCUCCUACAACAGCUCCCCCUACAACAGCUCCUCCUACAACAGCUCCUCCUACAACAGCUCCUCCUACAACAGCUCCCCCUACAACAGCUCCCCCUACAACAGCUCCUCCUACAACAGCUCCCCCUACAACAGCUCCUCCUACAACAGCUCCCCCUACAACAGCUCCUACGACUACAGAACCUCCUACUACAGCUCCUCCUACAACAGCUCCCCCUACAACAGCUCCUCCUACAACAGCUCCCCCUACAACAGCUCCUCCUACAACAGCUCCCCCUACAACAGCUCCUCCUACAACAGCUCCCCCUACAACAGCUCCUCCUACAACAGCUCCCCCUACAACAGCUCCCCCUACAACAGCUCCCCCUACAACAGCUCCUCCUACAACAGCUCCCCCUACAACAGCUCCUCCUACAACAGCUCCCCCUACAACAGCUCCUCCUACAACAGCUCCCCCUACAACAGCUCCCCCUACAACAGCUCCUCCUACAACAGCUCCCCCUACAACAGCUCCCCCUACAACAGCUCCCCCUACAACAGCUCCCCCUACAACAGCUCCCCCUACAACAGCUCCUCCUACAACAGCUCCCCCUACAACAGCUCCUCCUACAACAGCUCCUACGACUACAGAACCUCCUACUACAGCUCCUCCUACAACAGCUCCUAAUACAACAGCUCCUAAUACAACAGCUCCUCCUACAACAGCUCCUAAUACAACAGCUCCUAAUACAACAUCCUCCUACAACAGCUCCCCCUAUAACAGCCCCCCCACAAAUACAAUGUCUACUAGUCAUACUACAACUACUACUAUUUGGACCACUGCGUCUUCUACCACUCAUUGUCCAACCUCUCCACCUUUGGAGUGUUUUAAUGGUGGUGUAGAAGAAAAUGGUGUCUGUAUCUGUCCUGAUGAAUGGACUGGAGAGACCUGCUCACAAGAAAAUUUCUGCAAUGCCACCCAGUUGGGUAAAUGGAAGUUUCCACGGACUCCUGGAGGCUGGUUUGCUUAUUCAGAAGAAACUUGUCCAGGAGGAACGAGCGGAGAGGGCAAACCUCGGGCUUCGGCCAGAUGUUUGUUGGAAGGUGUAUUGCCGAGUUUCAUCUCCCUACAGGAGUUUAAGUGUGACCAGACGCUCGAAGAUAUACAGAAAAAUCUGACAUAUGCAACAGAUUUAGAGAAUCUGGCAUCCAGCACUCAGAUUCUGACUUCCAAACCUGAAGAACUGACACCGCAAAAAGUUACAACAGCAGCUCAAAUCGCCAACACGCUGCUCUUGUCACCAAAUGCCUCACAGGAAGUCAGAGUGGCAGCUGUCGCUACCGUCAGCCAGCUGCUCAACCCAAGUGUGGUAGAUAACGCAGUGGAAAACAACGCAACACAGGGCCUUACACUGACUCUAGAUCAGCUCUCGUUGAACCUGAGUCUCAACACACCCAAGGCUCAGGUGGUUCAACCAAACCUGGUGAUCCAGUCGGCUCAGAUCCAGGCUGCAGAUUCCCAGGGAGUCCAGUUCACCUCCCUCACAGGAGCUUCUGGCAGGUUUGUGGCUAACAGGAUUCGUCUGAACACCAAUGCGUCAAACGUCACCGUGGAAAACGGCUUCAUCGCCGAUGCACUGGUGUAUGUUCGCUUCCCUCCAGGAUCAUCUGUCAGCAGUUAUCAGAAGCCUCCCAACGUCUCUCUGGGCUUUGUCCUCUAUCAGAGCAGCCGGUUCUUCCCAUCGAGGCUCUAUAGGAGGCGCCGGGCCACUUUCAGGGUCCUGUCUGCCAGUGUCGAGGGUCCGGAGCGCUCUAUGGUUCCGCAGCAUGUGGAGAUGCUGUUCAGACCUGGACUUCUGAAUGGAACGUCUCUGCAUGACUUCUCCUGCGUGUUCUGGAACUACACUCUGAGGGAGUGGAGCACCGCAGGCUGCUCCAAAGGAAGUGCUUCAGACGAGAUGCUGAGAUGUUUCUGCAACCAUACCACCAACUUUGCUGCUCUCUGGUCCUACAGGCAGAACUACCAGUACGCCGAAGCUCUGGGCAUCGUCUCUAUCGUGGGGCUUUCUUUCUCCAUCCUGGGUCUGGUUGUUGCCAUCAUCCACCACAUUUAUGAAACCUUUCAGAGAAAGUCUCGAGAGCGGCAGACCAAUCUAAACUCUACGAUGUCUCUGCUGAGCAUCUACAUCAGCCUGCUGGCCUUCAUCAUCACCUUCCUCUCAGGAGUCCAGAACUCCAGCCGCCAGAGCUCCACCCCGGUGGAGCUCAGCUCUCACAACCACAUCCUGGACUCUGACCUGCAUGUGGAACCGGAUCGAGGCUGCUGCACGGCGGUGACAGCUCUGCUGCACUUCUUCCUGUUAGCCACGUUCUCAUGGAACAGCAUGUAUGGAACCCAGCUGGUUCUGCUGGUCCGCUCCAUGCGCACCAGUCUGCCGCCAUAUUGGACCCGUCUGAGCGUGGGACUGGGAUGGGGAGUCCCAGCUGUUGCCAUGGCGAUCACGUUGGCAGUUACCUACAGAGUGGAUAAUCCUCUAGGGUACCGACAGGAGGAAUUCUGCUGGCUCGCUGCUCUGGAUCAGAACAAACACUUUAGCUUUGGUAAACCCAUGUUCUGGGCCUUCCUGCUGCCAGUGGGUCUGGUUCUGGCCUACAACACGGUUCUGCUGGUUCUGACCUCUCUGAUCAGCUGCAGGAGCGAUCCCACACUGAAAAGUACGAGGCGCUUGUCUCAGGCCAAGAAGUUCCUGGUCAGCUUCUCUCUGAGCGUCAUGCUGGGUUUGUCCUGGACUCUUGGAUACUUUGUCCUCAUCACAUCAGGCCCCGCCCACCUGGUCUUCAGCAUCCUCUUCUGCGUCUGUACGACCACUCAGGGCUUCCAGAUCUUCAUCCUCUUCACAGCCAGAACUCAGAGCUUCAAGGCCUACAUGAGGAACUUGUUCCAGCACGUGUCUUCCAUCAGCAUCCCGUUAAACUCCACCAGUUAUGAUCUGGUGAAGAGGCUGAAGAAGCGCUGGUCCCCAGAGGUCCUACAAAUACACCUCAGACAGCAGCAUGAGGGACGAGUCCAGCUUCUGAGGAGAAACAACAGGAUCAGACACCAGGGUCCAAAAGGUUAUCCAGUAAAAAAGUUUCUGAUCAACACAGAUUUAAGAAAAUAUUCAUCAACUUCAUGUCAGAACUCACCAGAUCUUUAAAACCAUGUGUGCUGAUUAGCUUCUGGACGCUGUUGUUUCUCCUGUUGGACCUCCAGAAACCAGAAGAUCUGGUCCAGAUCAUCUUCAGUCAGAUGUGGUCUAGUCCUGGUCUAGUCUAGACCCAUGCAGUCUGGUCUGAUGUGAUCUGGUAAUAGAUGAUUUUGUUAUAGUUGGAAUAAACCUUUAUUUUCAUGAAGAGCUCUUAUUGCGCCGGUCCCUUUAAGGUUACUUUCAUUUCCUGAUUUCAGAAUAAAACCACUUCCUGUUUACUGCA